CUUGCUGUUUCUAUUGAAAACCUAGACUGAAAAUAAACCUGCCUGCUCUGGACUCCACCUGACUCUUGACCAUCAUUUUGAAGUCUCCAGUACUCAUUUCUCUGGUGUUUUUGGUACCAACUUUAAGAAGUUUAAAGAGACAUGGCUGAAGGACAUCAGGACCCUUGGGGAACCUGGAUGGGUCCCCAAGCCUCGUGUGAGCCAGCUCCUCAGGCUCUGCCUCCAGUAUCCUCGAUGCAACACCAGGGCCUGCCAAGCCAGCUGCAUGCCGUACCCACCACCCUACAAGAGCCACAUUCACCAGCCACUCCAGGACCGAGCCAUGGCCAUUACCCUCCACCAUCGGUGACUGCUACCAGCGGAGCCACCAUGUAUGACCCCAUGUCAUACCACAUCUUUGAGGCCGUCGUGCGAAAGCUGCCAUGGCGCAUGGGAGAGCAAUUACGUGAGCUAAAGGAGAAGAAGAUGGAAGCUCGGCCGGCACAAUUUCACUGUGAGAUCAAUCAUGGCUGUCGCUCUCUAUCAGACUGUGUCAGACUGUUGAGAGAAGAGAGUGAGCGUCAAUCACACCGUCACAAACUGUUGAGAGAAGAGAAUGAGCGCCUAUCACACCGUCACAAACUGUUGAGAGAAGAGAAUGAGCGCCUAUCACACCGUCACAAACUGUUGAGAGGAGAACAUGAGCGCCUGACACAAUAUCGCUCUCUAUUACACCGUAACAAACAGUCGAAAGAAGAGUUUGAGCGCCUGAACAAAGAGCAUGAGAAGCUCAUAGUGCGUCUGAGCUGGUACAAACGGCUGAGAGUAACUUCAAGCUUGCCUGAUGUUAUCUUUGUGGACAAGGCUACUCAGACAGAUUAAUGCUUCAUGCUUUAUGCUGAAAUUGCUGCACCUACACCAUACCCAUUAUGAAUGCACAAGCUAAUGUAUCACAUUAUACUGCACACGAUAUAAAUGUUUGCCUGCACCACUUUGUGUUAAUACCUUACUAAUAUACCACACACACUGAAUCAAUCACACCUUACAUGGGUAAGGAUCAUUAAUGAUUGGAUAUACGUUGAUAUAUUCUGAUAGGUAGUGUUCAUUUAGAAGUUAAGACAUGCACUGAAGGAUAUUUGUACUAGAAUAGUUUAAGCAAAAUAAUCAACCAAUAUUUUUUUUUCUAUGAUUAUGAGGACAUUUUAUAUACUACUAAUAUCUCAUGGGUGCCUUGUCCUGACACUCCGUAAAACACUGGUAAUGUUUUAGUUUAUGUUUACUAUACUCCUGUGUGCUGUGUGCUACUAGUCACAAAGGGGGGAAAUGUGGAAGUAAUUCUGAACUAAAUACCAACACUGUAUAAGCAAAUAAAAAUUAAUAUCUCUCACAAUGAUUAGAAAAUAAUCAGCACUUGUAAAGAAAUAUCAUAAAUUGAUGUAAUCUUGACAUGAUUCCAUAGUUUGUUUGUUUUUUUAUAUAAGCCUGAGGUAAUCAAAGAUGACACCAUUGUUUUUGAUGCCAAAAUAAGAUCAAAUAAAGAAACAGAAAGGGUUGGCCUUUA